CUGACCGCGAAUGCAGCAACACUGACCGCGAAUGCAGCAACACUGACCACGAAUUUACUUCAGGCCGACUUUUUUAUUUUUAUUCUUUACAUUUAAUGCACGCCUUCACUUCGACUUUCCUCCGCCAUGUCCCGCAUCUCUCAAAUCGCCCGCUUCCUCCUCCUCAUUCACGGCCUGCUCAACAUAGCACAAGGCCUCUACUGCAUAGCGCAACCACUCGCCUGGUCAGAACUUGCAGGCUCCGCCUUCAGAGGAACGCCAAACCCGGCGGUGCAGUCAAUCGGCCUCGGAGCACUAGGUGUAGGAUGGUACCAAUGCGUCUUUGCAUGUCAGAACAACAAGGCUUUGUUCAUUGCUACUAUACCGUUGCGCAUCAUUUACGCCGCUAUCAUAGCGAGAUGGGGGGGUUGGAAACCUGUUCUGUAUGAGCUCGCUGUUUGGGGGUUGGCGAAUUGUGCUGCGUACCUUUAGAUUCUCAUCCAGGCUUAGCCUGUGAGUCAUGUCAAAAGGAUGGUGAUUGGAUGGUUGCUGGACCCGAAGACAUGAGAGACGGCAUGAUAUUCGUUGAUCGUUCGGCAACUGCUGGAGCACAUAGAGUUAUCCACAGUUGCGGGUGGGCACUUCCUUGGGGGUUGAACGAGGUCAAUAUUCUAUGACCUACAAAGCAGCCUUUUACCUGGUACAUCUUGCAACGGCUAAAGAAGCCGAAGUCUCUACUCGACAACACUGUCUGUCGACACUGUCCGGCUUCGUACCCUGAUAACCUUUCUCAACCCCCCUAUGCUCUUCACCUCCGCCUCCAAGGUCUCCAAUACGCCAGCCAACGAUGGUUGCGAAAUUACCGCGCAUUAAAUCAAAUGAUCACUGAGAAGACUUACACCGCACCCAGCAAUGAGG